CAUACGUACCCACGGGUUACAUCGGCGAACUGCUCCAGGCAGACAAUCAUAUCGACCAAAUCCACCUUCUCCUUACUACGGCGGAGUCUUCUCUUCCCUCUCUUUGAUGUGCCGCUAGGUUAUAGGGUAGCACAGAACUACACCGUGUCUCACUUUAAUAUUUAAAAUUUCAGAGUUUAGCGGAAAUACAAGUUUUAACCCAAGAAGGUAAAACAUAAGAUUGAGCGCGCAGGCUCCAAAUGAAUUGGUUCAAAAUCAUGAGCAUAGUCUAGCAUGGAAAAUCUCCAUUUCCUCGGAUCAAAAUAGACUUUAGUCCUUUGGUUGCUUCAAACAAUAUCCAGCAAAUCUGCAAUCUAAAAAAAAUGUUUUGGGGAGGGGUCAGUACAACGCCACAUCGUGUACUGGUGAGGAGCCACAAAUUCAGACUAUUAUAUUUUAUCACAUAAUCACAAGGGUCCAAAAAAAUACAUAGUUAUUACUUUCAAAGUCAAGAUAAUAAAUUAUCCCAUAGUUACGUCAUUAUAUUUCAAAAUCUAUUUUCAACCUAAUACCAUAGGCCUGAAAGUUUCAAAGCAAUUUAAAAUGAAGAUUUAAUUCUUCAGUCAUCAAAACUGAUAUCUCGUUCAUGAGAACAACUAUUUCAAAGAAAUGACUUUCGAAAUCUUUCCUCUUCUUUUCGUUUAUCGAGUAACUGAUAUCUCAUUCUCGAGGAUAACUGUUUCAAAGGAGACAGAUUUAGAAAUCUUCUUCUUUUCCUUUUUAAAUCGUACAAUCUGAUGGGGAGCCCCUCUUUUGUGCUCAAGCUAACUGAUCAGGUUAUCUUGGAACACCCGCCGAGGUGUCUAAAAAUAUAUACAAUUUUAUUCUCACACUAUAGUAAAAAUAAUCCCGCAGGAUUUAUCCUUUGAUUUAGAGAAAAUUUCUCAAAAAAAGCCUUAGGGUUUUCAUGGCUAAAGCCUAACCCUAUCCCCAAAAACCUCGGCGUUAGGGCGUGCUAGUCUUAGUGGUGGCGCUAAGCCCUAACACUUGGGAGAUACUCAAAAGUAGCUCCUCUUAUUUGUGGGCUAGGAAGCAAUCACGCAUGACCCUUCCUACCCGUCCAAUAAUAGCCUCCGACACCCGGAUCUAUUAUUAUUAUGCGUCCACUUAGGGAGGCACUAUAAAACAAUCUACGGCCGAGAUUUAUCCACCGAUGGCUCUAAAGCCAUAUACCUAAGGGCCCAACUAAUAAUAGCAUCUCAGUAUAAAAUACGAAGAUCUAUUAUUAUUCUGUGUCCAAAAAGAGACAAUAUAUUCUAUCCCGCAAUUUAGUACCCGAAGGUUAUAAAAUCAUUUUCUAGACCAAAAUAAUUUGUAAUAAUAUUGAAUCCACAAGAAAGUUGGCUAUGAUCAAAAUGAGUGGCCCAAAUUGCAAAGGCCCAAGUAAUGCUUUGAGUAAACAUGAGAAUAAAAGUUGAUGGUAAAUUUGUAAACUCUAAAUUGAAAAUAGAAAUAUGCUCAAUGCUUUUAAUCCUAAAAUUUUUACGGAGCAAUAAGAAUCUAAUGGACUUCUCCGUUCUUUUUUUUUUCUUUCCGUGCGAUGAUAUCGAAGAAAACAAGAGGGAGGGAGAGCAAUUGGUGAUCACCUUCGCCGAUCGUCGACAUAGUCCUCGUCGCCCGCCGCCAACCGUCGAGUUUUCUUCUUCGCCGGCGUUCUUUCUCCGAAAUCAGGUAUUACCGAAAUCCCUUUCCUCAAAUCCGAUUCUAUUUUAUUUCAUUCCCUUGUGCUAAAUUCAUUUGAGUCCUCAUGUAGUUCCGACAGGAUUUUUAAUUCCUUCUAGGGUUGCUAUUUCUAGAUUUCACCUAAUGUAAAUUUCUGAUAAUGGGGUGUGAAAACCCUAGUUUAUGCUCAAUUCAACUGAUUCUCGAAAAUAUAUGUUUAUAUAUUCCGUAUAUUGGGGUAGAGUUUGAUUAAAAUGCUCAAUCAAUUUCUUUGCUUUGAAACAAGGAAUAUAUUCAACUUUGAAUAAUUAAGCAAAUCAUGUGUAAGAUUAAAGUGUUCAUCAUUCCUACUUUGAAAUUUGAGAAAUCGAUUUGGGUAGAAUUCCCAAGCUGUAAAAUCAACUUUAAUCUCUCGUUUCCAAAAAUUAAAUUUUAACGUCAAAGCCUUAUAGUAUUACAACAAUAUAGAGUAAAAAUCUAUUCUUUGAGAGAGUAAAGUAAACUUUUAAAAUUUUGUAAUAGUCAAUAUGAGUUUGGUGUAUGCUCAGAACCAAAUUUCACAAACAGAGACAUUAGAGGGCUAUUUCUUCAACUUUGGUAAUAACUUAGCGUAGUAGGAAUUCAUAUCUAAAAAGAUGGAUUUAAAAAUGCUCCUUAAAAAUCAACUUCUACAGAAGUAAUAAAAAUUGGGGUUUCAACGAAAUUUUAAGAAACAUCUCUAGCCUUUGAAAAAAAACACUUUUCAAAUAGAGUGUGAUAAAAUGUAUCAUUUGUUAUAAAAUCUCAUUUAUCCAUGGGUGUAGUGUUAUAUUAAUUUUAGAAAUAGUUUUAAAAUCAAUUCAACUACUUAUGAUUAUAGGCUAAAAUGUAAUAUUAAGAAUUUAUAACCCACUCACCUGAUAGUACUUUGAUGACCAUUGGAAGGUUUAGUAAUCUUUUGCGAUGGAGGUGUUCCUUCGUUGACAGUUCCCGGUCAGGAGCCCCCUUCACUUUCUCAAGAAUAUUUGUACGUUCUGCCUAGUAGCAAUUCUGACUUAUAACUAUUGAUUUUCUUAAGAUGUAGUUGGUUAUGUUUGAGAUGGAAUGAGUUCACCAUGGUAUGUAUGAGCUAGAGUUGUUAAUGGCUAUUUGAGCUACUUGAUCCCUUGCGAUCUGAUAACCAUUAUUGACUUAUAUACUGCAAAAUAUUUCUACUCCCCUUUACGUAGAAAACAUGAGUCACUACUUCAUAAAAGCUCUCACCUUCUUGCAGGAAAUUUGUGAUGGUAGUGAGCUAGGGGCCCUCUCAUUAAGUGAAGGAAAUGACAUGGCAUAGUGAGCAUAAUGUGGUAGAUGGCCUUGCAGGGAUUUUUGUGGAGGAAGCAUGUGAAGGGAAUAUGUUUUGGAUCUACUUUUUAAAUGGAGUGAAGACUUGGCUAAAUUGUGCAGGAGUUGUGUGGAGAG